CAGAAUCAUAAACGAAAGAAAAAAAAUUGUAAGUGACUUGGAUUAAUUGGAGUGUAAACAAUAAAAGCGAGAUGGAACAAAAAGAAUGGUGGAAAGUCAAAAGCAUUCAGUAUGUUUUCAAUUUGCCUCGAGUAAAUGCGCAACUGGAAAAACUGAUGGGGAGUAAUGUAGUGCAUCUCACUGAUCGAAAAUAUAUGACGGAGCUACGACGACGCAUCACCGAAGAUUUCGAAAAUAUGUUGAUGAAACGCAUUCACCAUCGAAAGCAAGAAGAAAUAGAACGGCAAAUGAAAUUAGUUUUACACGGUCUAUAUAAUUCACGGAAUGUUCCGAGAAAUUUGAUUUCCGCUCACAGUGUAGUGUUGGCCGAAGAGAUACAGCGGCAAAGAGUGUUGUUGAUGGAAGGAAAGCUACCGAAAUGUCCAAAAGAACUCCGCAAUCAUCCCGUUCUGAUUAUGAAUGAAUCUACAAAUAAUUUUGUGAUAAAACGAAGAGCAAAAUUAAAAACGGAGCGUGAACGUGUUUCCGAACGAAUGGUUCGAUUAGGCAAAAAAUGGGAGGCAGAGCAUAUACUGUGGGAGGAAAAGGAGCGUCAAAACGAAGUCGAAAUGAAAAUAAGAGAAAUGGAACUGUUGAAAGCCGACCAAAGCUAUGUGGAGAAGCUUGAAAGUGCUGAGAGUCGGAAAGUACUAGAGAAAUGUUUCCGAAAAAAUGAAAUGAAUAUGACGGAUUUCCUGGCAAAAGAGAGAAUAUUGAUGCUGAAUCGUUUAAAGCCCAAAGAGAAGAAGUUCGUACCAUUUACAAAGGAUCUCAGAGUCGUUGAUGCUAAGCGCCGGAUGAGCGAAGCGUCCAUUUCGAAGUUGAAAUCGAUUGUUGCGAAAGUUAGGACUUCAGAGACUGGUGGAACGUUGGAAAGUGAACCUGAACAGUCAGACGAUACGCCCAGAGGCAAAGAUGAGGUCGGUCAAGCGGAUAGCGACACUGCCAGUCAAGCUAGUACCAAAUCCAAGAAGGCAAAGGGCAAGGGAUUAUUCUCAUUCUUCAAGUCAAAAUCGUCAAAAGAUAAGAAGGCAAUAGCUCCAACUAUAUCGCAAGAGGAAAGCCCAGAAAAGACAAAGAGCGCGACAAGUGACGAUGAUAUUGAAAAUUUACCAGUAAAAGACGUUUAUGUAGAUCCUGUGAUAGACAGACUGAAAAAGGCAAAGAAUGUCAAAGAAUUGUAUAAUGUGGCUGAAAAAAUUGUCGGUGUGAAUAUUGAGAACAUACUAGACAAGAGCAAGAGCGGUGAAGCUGAAGAGCCUGCAGCUUAAGAAGUUUGUCUCUCAAAUUUGUCAUUGUUACAGAUCGAAAAUAAUCUGGGAAUUGCGGAAACUAAAAUUUUGGUCCAGAUGCAAUUAAAAUGAUUUCAAUAAAAUAAAUCAGAAAACUUUCAUUUGAUCAAUGUUUAUAUGCUUAACAUACAUUUUCCAUAUUAACGUUCAAUUCCCUUUAUUUUUGACAUGUACAAAAUCAUUCAUAGAGCUAUAGACGUGAUUCAAGUGUUUGUCUCACUUGACCACUCAUUUUCGGCAUGUCUGUAUAUGGUCAUCACCGAAAUGUAAUUAAAACUCCAGCCUUUAUUUCCGACAAAAAAAAUGCAUAAAUCGAUUUCAAAUUGUUUUGCUUUUAAUUGCUAUUCGUUUCGAUGUGGUCGCGCGCAUUGAGUGAAUACUUGAAAACGAAUAAAAACCGGAGACACCAAUAAAUUACAAACCAGCUAUGUGAAUGGCAACAUUCGUUCGACGUGUUCACCUGUCCACUCCAAUAUCUAUUGUCGUUGAAAGCGAAUAAUUGUGUUGAAAGCCUAUAAGUUAUGGGCUAUAACUUCAAUGCAUGGCCAUAAGAAGAAAUUCACUGACUCCAAUGAAUUGGUUUAUGUAAAUAGGAGAAAACCAAAUAUUUAGCGUAUUUCGCCCAAAAUUACAUUGAGAAUUCAUCUAUUCUUGUAUAAAACCAACUUGUUAGUUUGAUUAAUAAUUCAUAAGCUCCUCCCAGUUGUUGAUUAAAACCAAAAUUCGGAGCCACACAACAUCCACGCAGAAUUAUCAGUUAAUGGCACGCGACGGAUGAGUAUUGAUUUUGCUACCAUUCGAAAUGAAUGGGAUAGACUUGGAAACUGCAUACAAUUCAUACAUUAUUGGAUAUUACCUUUUGCAUGGAGAAAAUUUCAUCAUGGAAUACCACGAAUAACUAUUACUUUAAUAACUAUCGCUUUUUUAAAGCAAAUAAUUAAUAAAACCGAAAGAAAAAAAUUUCUCAUCGCUUUGCAGUUUCCCCCCCAUGGAGACGGUAUUCCUAAGUUAGGAAUCCCAACUAUCCAGAAGCGCAUCAUCAUAAUAUUUUGGCCAUAGAUUAUCCACUUCAUUUACAAAAGCAGAACUGAAGUGUUGGAAAAUUGAAAAAUCAAUUUCGUCCAUUAAUUGAUACAAAAGGAGCAGAUGCGUAUUCCAAAUUCAUGCGAACAAAUGACGUAUUAAUAAUAGAUCAUUUGUAAAGACUCGAAUACAGUUUUAGCACUGAAAUUGAAAGCUAACUCAAUUUGUGACGUUUCUUACUCGAUUUAGAAUCACGCAUGAAUAGCAAAUUAUUUUUGAUCAGUCAAAAAUAGAAAAAGCUAUUACGUUAUCAAAGUAGAAAAAACAAGAGAAAAAAA